CAGCCAGAGAGGCCUCCACUGUUCUCUGCAGCAGAAGACCCCCUGCUGCCAGUCAGCAGCAACACCUAGCAAGAAUAUGGUCACACCUCAGUUGGAAUACUGUGUCCCGUUCUUCUGGGCGCACGUUUUAAGAAAGACAUUGGACCCAUGCCAGGUGUCCAGAAUCCUGCCGCUCUCCAUUACAGCGCCAAAAGCAGCAGGUACUAGCGGAAGUUUCUUCAAGCCUCUCACAUGCCGGCAGGACGCCUCACAGCAGCAAACCUGUGGCGAGGAAGCAGAAAGUUUCUAUCCUCAUCAGUGCGAGCUGAAAAAAUGCUGCUAUCGUAACCAUACCUGUUACCACCAUGUCAUUGAUGCUGCCAAACAACGUCAGAAUGCAGGAAUCCUCGGUGGAAUCACCGUUGCAGUGGUCCUUAUCGGCAUGUGUGUCUUUUUCAGCUGGAAGUUUAAGGAGGUCCAGAGGAAGGAAAGAGAGUCUGAAGCCCCGCGGAGUGAGGGCGAAAUGGCCGAUUAUCUCGUCCGACUACUGGAUGAAGAAAGUGAGGUGGAAGAGGAACAGCAGCCUCCGAUGCAACGUGAUAUGGAUUCCUGGCCACCACGAAAAGGGUCUGUUGCACCACCGGACUGGAGCCCAGAACGGCCAGGGAUAAUGAGAGGAGCAGGGCCGCCCAUGUGGAGUCCAGAAGAGAGCCCAGAACCACUGCAGCCAGUAGGGGAGCUAGAGGGGAAGAUGGCGCAGAAGCCAGGGCCAGAACCACUCUUGCCGCCACCGCCUCCAUCACCGCCACCAGGGGCAGCACCACCACCACCAGCAGACCCAGGGCCAGGACCUUCCCCAGCACCAGGAGUGGCACCCCCGCCGCCGCCACCAGGAGCGGCACCCCCGCCGCCACCAGGAGCAGCACCCCCGCCGCCACCAGGGGCCGCUCCCCCGCCACCACCAGGGGCCGCUCCCCCGCCACCACCAGGGGCUGCUCCACCACCAGUACCAGGGGGUGCACCACCUGCGGCACCAGGGGGUGCGCCACUACCACCUCCAGGGGGCGCGCCACCACCACCUCCAGGGGGCGCACCACCUCCGGCACCAGGGGGCGCACCACCACCACCACCAGGGGGUGCACCACCACCUCCAGGGGGCGCACCACCGCCGGCACCAGGAGCGGCACCCCCGCCGCCACCAGGGGGAGCACCACCGCCGGCACCACCAGGGGGAGCACCACCGGCACCACCAGGGGGUGCACCUCCACCGGCACCAGGGGGCGCACCACCGCCAGCACCACCGCCAUAACUGCACCAUAACUGCCAAGUGCAGCAGGAUAACAAUCCAAUAUUGCGAUCCCCAUAUACCUUUACCUCUAACAGUAAAAGAGUUUAGUUUUUUCAUG